AUGACUGAAUUCCUUCUGCUAGGCUUUGAGGAUCUUGGGGAUCAGCAGUGGCUUCUGUUUUUGCUCUUCUUAAUGAUCUAUAUUGCGACCAUGGUGGGGAACAUCCUCAUUGUGUUGCUGGUGGUGGUUGACUACCACCUUCACAUACCCAUGUACUUCUUCUUGGGAAACUUGUCCUGCUUGGAAACCUGCUACAGCUCCACUAUCCUUCCUAUGAUGCUGGCUAAUCUGUUUCAUGGGGGCCAAGGGAGCAUUUCUGUCACGGGCUUCAUAACACAAUAUAACUUUUUUGGUUUCUUGGUAAUUUCAGAAUGUAAUCUUCUUGCAGCGAUGUCUUAUGAUAGAUAUGUAGCGAUAUGUAAGCCAUUGCUUUAUACGGUACUUAUGAAUGGUAAGGUGUGCCUCCAGAUAGUAGCUGGAUCUUGGGCAACUGGUUCCUUGGCUACUAACAUAGCUAUAUAUUUACUGCACCAACUCAUCUUCUGUGGUCCCACUAAAAUCAACCAUUUCUUUUGUGAUUUUAAUCCAAUUGUAAAGCUAUCUUGCAGUGAUACACAUACCAUUAAACUUGUAUCUGUUUUCCUAACUGCUCUGUUUUCCCUCCUCCCAUUUUUGAUGACCCUGACAUCAUAUGGCUAUAUCAUAUCUGCCAUUGUGAGAAUCUCAUCUACCUCUGGGAGGCAAAAGGCCUUUUCGACCUGCUCUUCUCACCUCAUUGUGGUAUCCAUUUUCUAUGGCACCAUAAUGAUUGUUUACAUGUUGCCUGAGGCAGAGGCCCUGCAAGACCUCAACAAAAUCAUCUCUCUUUUCUACACAAUCCUGACCCCUUUGUUCAACCCCUUGAUAUACAGUCUUAGAAACAGGAAGGUAAAAGUAGCUUUCAGAAAGGCUGUAGCUAAGUUUUGUGCAUUUGAAAUUAUAUAA